AUGGCCAAUGCAGGGGCGUGCGGCGGCCGGCGGAGCGCGGCCGGAAUGGGCGUCUACGAGCUCGUCCGGAGCGAGGACGCCGCGGGCCCCGCGCUGGAUCUGGAGGCCGGCCGCUGCGGCCCCGCGCCGCCGGCCAAGGCGUCUCCGCCGGCGCCGCGGCAGCAGCGGCUCGUCUCGCUCGACGUCUUCCGGGGAAUCACCGUGCUGCUUAUGAUCAUCGUGGACGACGCUGGAUCGUUUCUUCCGGCAAUGAACCACUCUCCUUGGGAAGGUGUAACCAUAGCUGAUUUCGUCAUGCCUUUUUUCCUUUUCAUCGUUGGGGUUGCUCUAGCUCUGGCGUACAAGAGAGUGCCGGAUAAAUUGGAUGCAACUCGAAAGGCAACACUUCGUGCACUGAAGCUCUUCUGUGUUGGUCUUGUUCUACAAGGUGGAUUUUUUCAUGGAGUUCGUAGCCUUACUUUUGGGGUUGAUAUUACACAAAUACGUUUGAUGGGUAUACUGCAGAGAAUCGCAAUAGCUUAUCUUGUUACAGCACUCUGUCAGAUUUGGCUCAAGGGAGAUGAUGAUGUAGAUUCUGGACUUGAUUUGAUCAAGAGAUACAGAUAUCAACUACUCGCAGGCUUACUCAUCACAAUCACCUACAUGGUUCUCUUGUAUGGUACCUACGUUCCUGACUGGGAGUAUCGGAUAUCAGGUCCUGGUUCCACAGAGAAAACGUUCACUGUCAAAUGUGGUGUACGAGGUGACUCUGGGCCAGGCUGCAAUGCGGUUGGCAUGAUUGACCGCAAAAUCUUAGGCAUCCAGCAUCUCUAUGGUCGACCGGUUUAUGCGCGAUCCCAGCAAUGCAGCAUUGAUUCACCGCAAAAUGGGCCACUCCCUCCUGAUGCACCCUCAUGGUGCCAGGCCCCUUUUGAUCCUGAAGGGCUUCUCAGUUCUGUGAUGGCCAUCGUCACCUGCUUGAUCGGUCUCCAAUACGGGCACAUAAUUGUACAUUUUCAGAAACACAGGGAAAGAAUCAUGCACUGGCUUGUCCCUUCCUUCGGCAUGCUCGUCCUGGCCUUCGCAAUGGACUUCUUCGGAAUGCAUAUGAAUAAGCCAUUGUACACCGUAAGUUACACUCUGUGCACCGCUGGUGCUGCGGGGCUCCUCUUCGCGGGGAUCUACACACUGGUCGACCUCUACGGGUACCGUCGCCCGACUAUCGCCAUGGAGUGGAUGGGGAUGCAUGCCCUGAUGAUAUUUGUCCUGAUUGCGUGCAACAUUCUACCCAUCUUCAUUCAUGGCUUCUACUGUGGGGAGCCCAAUAACAACCUUUUGAAGUUCAUUGGGAUUAGGGCAUGA